AUGCCAAAAUGUCGUCUCUUUUACAUCCGAGAUGAGAACUCCGGCUACUUGUUUUUAGUGGACACUGGGACACAAAUUAGUGUAAUACCAGCCAAGCCUAAUAUGUUGACUAGAAAGACAGAUUAUACGUUACAAGCGGCGAAUGGAUCUUCAAUCCAAACAUAUGGGGAAACCUCGUCAACCCUAAAUCUGGGAUUUAGGCGAUCUUUUCCGUGGGUAUUCACGAUAGCCCAAGUUCGAGCCCCAAUCCUAGGAGCGGAUUUCCUCGCCCACUUUAACUUGUCCGUUAAUAUGUCUUCCCUUUCUUUGGAGGAUAAAACGACCAACAUUACAAAGAAAGGAAUUACAUCUAUCUAUACGAGCACAUGUAUCAGCGCAACUCUAUCUGAAGCCAAUGGAAUGCAGGAUCUGUUACAAAAAUAUUCUCAAAUUACAACACCAUUCCGGUAUACAGAAACCGUUCGUCACAAUGCUGAGCACCACAUUGAUACUACGGGCCCACCCACGCAUUCAUCUCCACGGCGAUUGAGGCCUGAUAAAUAUAAACUGGCGAAAGACGAGUUUCAGCACAUGCUGGACCUCGGUAUAAUUUGA